AUGCCGACCACCCUGAAAGAGUUCGAGAGCGUCUUCCCGCAAUUGGUCGAGUAUCUGACCGAGCACUGCCGACACUACAACCUCCCUAAGAAUGCGCUUGACUGGUAUCGAAAGGCAACUGACCAUAUGCAGUCACUGUUUCACAACACCGUAGGCGGAAAAUGCAACCGCGGCAUGUCCGUCGUCGACACGUCCUCCCUCCUCCUCGGCCGCUCCCUCUCCAAGGACGAGUAUUUCCGGUCCGCAACCCUAGGCUGGAUGAUCGAGCUGCUACAAGCCUUCUUCCUCGUCUCAGACGACAUAAUGGACUCGUCCAAAACGCGCCGUGGCAGUCCCUGCUGGUAUCGCAUGCCCGAGGUAGGCAUGAUCGCCAUCAACGACGCCUUCAUGCUCGAGUCCUCCAUAUUCCUGCUGCUGAAGAAGUACUUUCGGCAAGAGAAGAGCUACGUCGACCUCAUGGAGCUCUUCCACGAAGUCACCUUCCAGACUGAGCUCGGACAGGCCUGCGAUCUGCUGACCGCGCCGGAGGACAAGGUGGACCUCGACAACUUCAGUCUGGAGAAAUACACAUUCAUCGUCAUCUUCAAGACUGCGUACUAUAGCUUCUAUCUGCCGGUAGCGCUGGCCUUACACUUCUGCGGUAUGGCCACUGAAAAGAAUUUGCAGCAGGCGAAGGACAUCUUGAUACCCAUGGGCGAGUACUUCCAGGUGCAAGACGACUACCUAGACAACUUUGCGGAUCCGGAGACGCUCGGAAAGAUCGGCACGGAUAUUCAGGACAACAAGUGCUCGUGGCUGGUGAACCAGGCGCUGAAGCGUGCAUCGGCGGAGCAGAGGAAGGUGCUGGACGAGAACUAUGGGCGGAAGGAUAAGGAGUGCGAAGCGAGGGUCAAGGUUGUUUUCAGUGACUUGAAGCUAGAUCAGGUGUACCGAGAGUACGAGGAGGAGCGCGUAGGCGAGAUCCGGAAAAUGAUCUCACAGGUCGACGAGACAGAGGGCUUGAAGAAAGAGGUGUUUGAGGAGUUUUUGAGGAAAAUAUACCAGCGCAGCAAAUAG